UGCGUGCGUGUUUGCGUGUGGUCACAGUUCCCGCCAUCAGCCGCUCUCCCUGACUGGGGGAGUGAGCGGCCCCUCUCAGUGCCCGGUGUCCCUUCCUUGUUGACCCCCAGCUCCUCCCCCUUCACGCGGACUCCGAGCUUCCGGCAGGCCUGUCCAAAGCUCCGACUCGCAGGCACAGCUGAGUUGAUGGCACCUGGAGAACUGGCAUAGCUGCAGAAUAUGAGUAGUUCCCCAAGAAGAGUGCAUUGCCUUUGGCACAAGGAUCAGAAUAAAGGUGAAUUGUUAUUACGUAGGGUUUUUCAGUAAAAGUCUCUGAAAAAAUCUGUCAGGUGAAGGUGUAUUUUUUCUUUUUAAUUUGGCUAGAAGCAAUUUAUUUUUAAAGAAAAUAUGUCUCCUCUGAAGAUACAUGGUCCUAUCAGAAUUCGAAGUAUGCAGACUGGGAUUACAAAAUGGAAAGAAGGAUCCUUUGAAGUUGUGGAAAAAGAAAAUAAAGUCAGCCUAGUAGUUCACUACAAUACUGGAGGGAUUCCAAGGAUAUUUCAGCUAAGUCAUAACAUUAAAAACGUGGUGCUUCGACCCAGUGGAGCAAAGCAAAGCCGCCUAAUGUUAACUCUACAAGAUAACAGCUUCUUGUCUAUUGAUAAAGUACCAAGUAAGGAUGCAGAGGAAAUGAGGUUGUUUCUAGAUGCAGUCCAUCAAAACAGACUUAAUGCAGCCAUGAAACCUUCUCAGGGUUCUAGUAAUUUUGGAGCUAUUCUGGGCAGUAGGACCUCACAGAAGGAAACCAACAGGCAGCUUUCUUACUCAGACAAUCAGGUCUCUUCAAAAAGAGGAAGUUUGGAAACUAAAGAUGAUACUCCAUUUCGAAAAGUUCUUGGUAAUCCAACUAGAGGAUCAAUUAAGGCUGCAGCAGGAAAUGGAGUAACUCCUACCCGGACAAUUCCCUCUUUGACAUCUACAUCCACUCCUCUUAGAUCAGGGUUAUUAGAAAAUAGGACUGAAAAGAGAAAAAGAAUGCUGUCAUCUGGCUCAGAGUUGAAUGAAGAUUACCCUAAGGAAAAUGAUUCUUCAUCGAACAACAAGGCUAUGACAGAUCCCUCAAGAAAGUAUUUAACCAGCAGUAGAGAGAAGCAACUGAGUUUGAAACAGUCAGAAGAGAAUAGGACAUCAGGGCUUCUACCUUUGCAGUCGUCAUCUUUUUAUGGUAGCAGAUCUGCAGCCAAGGACUAUUCUCCUGGCAGCACUAACCUAGACAGGACUAAUAUUUCAAGCCAAACUCCGUCUGCCAAAAGAAGUUUGGGAUUUCUUCCUCAGCCAGCUCCUCUUUCUGUUAAAAAACUGAGGUGUAACCAGGAUUACACUGGCUGGAACAAGCCAAGAGUGCCCCUUUCCUCUUACCAACAGCAGCAACUGCAAGGCUUCUCCAAUUUGGGAAAUACCUGCUAUAUGAAUGCUAUUUUACAAUCUCUAUUUUCACUCCAAUCAUUUGCAAAUGACUUGCUCAAGCAAGGUAUCCCAUGGAAGAAAAUUCCACUCAAUGCACUUAUCAGACGCUUUGCACACUUGCUUGUUAAAAAAGAUAUCUGUAAUUCAGAGACCAAAAAAGACUUGCUCAAGAAGGUUAAAAAUGCCAUUUCAGCUACAGCAGAGAGAUUCUCUGGUUAUAUGCAAAAUGAUGCUCAUGAAUUUUUAAGUCAGUGCUUAGACCAGCUGAAAGAAGAUAUGGAAAAAUUAAAUAAAACUUGGAAGACUGAACCUGUUCCUGGAGAAGAAAGUUCACCAGAUAUUUCAGCUACUAAAGUAUACACUUGCCCUGUUAUUACUAAUUUGGAGUUUGAAGUUCAGCACUCCAUCAUCUGUAAAGCAUGUGGCGAGAUUAUUCCCAAAAGAGAACAGUUUAAUGACCUCUCCAUUGAUCUUCCUCGAAGGAAAAAGCCACUCCCUCCUCGUUCAAUUCAAGAUUCCCUUGAUCUUUUCUUUAGAGCAGAAGAACUUGAGUAUUCCUGUGAGAAAUGUGGUGGGAAGUGUGCUCUUGUCAGGCACAAAUUUAACAGGCUACCCAGAAUCCUCAUUCUUCAUUUGAAACGAUAUAGCUUCAAUGUUGCUCUCUCACUUAACAACAAGAUUGGGCAGCAAGUCAUCAUUCCAAGAUACCUGACCCUCUCAUCUCAUUGCACUGAAAAUACGAAACCACCCUUUAACCUUGGUUGGAGUGCACAGAUGGCAGUUUCUAGACCAUUGAAAGCCUCUCAAAUGGUGAAUUCCUGCAUCACCAGCCCUUCUACACCUUCAAAGAAUUUCACCUUCAAAUCCAAGACCUCCUUAGCUUUAUGCCUUGAUUCAGACAGUGAAGAUGAGCUUAAACGCUCUGUGGCCCUUAGCCAGAGACUUUGUGAAAUGUCAGGCAGUGAACAGCAGCAGGAGGACCUGGAAAAAGAUUCAAAAUCAUGCAGAAUGGAACCUGAGAAGUCUGAAUUGGAACACUCAGGAUUUGACGGAAUGAGUGAAGAGGAGCUUCUAGCAGCUGUUUUAGAGAUAAGUAAGAGAGAAGCUUCACCAUCUCUCAGUCAUGAAGAUGAUGAUAAACCAACCAGCAGCCCUGAUACCGGAUUUGCAGAAGAUGAUAUUCAAGAAAUGCCUGAAAAUCCAGACUCUGUGGAAACUGAGAAGCCGAAGACAAUCACAGAGCCUGAUCCUGCCAGUUUUACCGAGAUAACUAAAGACUGUGAUGAAAAUAAAGAGAACAAAACUCCGGAAGGAUCUCAAGGAGAGGUUGAUUGGCUCCAGCAGUAUGAUAUGGAGCGUGAGAGGGAGGAACAGGAGCUUCAGCAGGCAUUGGCUCAGAGCCUCCAGGAGCAAGAGGCUUGGGAACAGAAAGAAGAUGAUGACCUCAAAAGAGCUACGGAGUUAAGUCUUCAAGAGUUUAACAGCUCUUUUCUGGAUUCAUUGGGCUCUGAUGAGGACUCUGGAAAUGAAGAUGUUUUAGAUAUGGAGUACACAGAAGCUGAAACUGAGGAACUAAAAAGAAAUGCUGAGACAGGAAAUCUUCCUCAUUCCUAUCGGCUCAUCAGUGUUGUCAGUCACAUUGGUAGCACGUCUUCUUCAGGUCACUACAUUAGUGAUGUGUAUGACAUUAAGAAGCAAGCAUGGUUUACAUAUAAUGACCUAGAGGUAUCUAAAAUCCAAGAGGCUUCUGUGCAGAGCGAUCGAGAUCGGAGUGGCUACAUCUUCUUUUAUAUGCACAAGGAGAUAUUUGAUGAGCUGCUGGAAACAGAAAAGAACUCUCAGGCACUUAACCUGGAAGUGGGGAAGACCACUCGUCAGGUUUCAUGAGGAACAAACCCCUGGGUUGGCAGUGUGCACUGCGUAUUCUCUCUUACUGCCACCCACUUCUCUUUCCUCUGCCUGAGAAGAAUUUGGAACUCUACUUGAUGCGGGAGCAACAAACAGCUCAGGGCCAAACCAAAAGACGAAAACUGCAAUUAUGCGGAACGCUCCAUAUUAAUUGUUUUAUGGAAACUGGUCUCACAUCUGUAGCUGAUUAUCUGUUUUUUCCUCCUACAAGAGUGGCACUUCCUUUUGUCUUAGGAAUACAUGUUGUAAAUAUAUAUAUAUAUGUACAUACACACACAUAUUUGUGGAAUGAAUGGAGCCUUAAAGAAUUAGAAUAGGCCACCAGAGUAUGCCUGCCCAAAAUUAAUAGCACAGCAGUUUGGAAAAGAAAAGUUGUCAAGAGUCCAUUCACCUGAGAAAUGUAUGAAGAUAUACAUAUCAUUUGGCAUUUAGCUUUUACGUUCCUUGAGUAAUUUCACUCAAGUCUGUAAUCUUUCAUGUGUGUUUCUUUUUAGUAAAAUUCACUGGAAAGCCAGCUCUCCAUGUUACACUAAUGACAGUUUGUCCUCCUGGCAAAGGAGGGGCAUUUCUGCCAUCUGACUUGAGGAGCUUUUAUUAAAAAAAAAAUAUUUCAUGGAUUUGUAAUGCUUUUGCUGUUUACAUGCAGUCCCAAGAAAUGGAUUUUUGGUGCUUUGGAAUGUGCUGUGUUGCCACAUUUGAUAUUCAUUGUACACUUUGUGUUUUCUUUCAAAAGAAUCCUUCACACAGUAUGUUCAUUGUAUAUCAUUUAUAUUAUUGUGCUGAAGAUAGAAUCUUUUGUUUUUCUUCUGUGUCAUUAUUCCAUGGAGCAAGCAUUACCCUAACAGACUGAAGCAAAAACUUUAAGAGGUAGGAAAGUGAUGUCCCAAUUGGGACUCCCCAACAAGAAUACCUAAGGAAUAUGAAAAAUACUAGCAUCUCUGUCUCCCAGACAGAGAGAGGUCAGGAGGAGUAUUCUUGUGUUCAAGCUGAAACUCGACCACUAAAGCUGAAAGCCCUGCUGCAAAGGUGAAAUUAAGCAUGUGAGCUGUGGGAAAAGCUUAACCAUUAAUCAUUUGCCUUGCUAUUCAAACAGGGUGAGAAUUAAAAUGUGACAGGUUUAGGUGAUUCCAAAAACUAACAAAUAACAAAGGUGCAUAAUAAAUUUAUUACUUUCUAGGUGCUUUGAGUUGAGGUCAAAUGGGGGUUCAACAUUUAAGUGAGUUAUAUCACUCAGCUGACAUACCUUGCUUCGUUAAGCAGCUUGUGAAACCAUAUAAAGAAUGAGUUUGAGAGUAGAUUUCUCUGUUCCUAAAAUAAUUUUGUGAGCCCAGGAAUCAUUAGGAUCACACAGAGUUAAAUAUAGCAAAAUGAAACCUUCAACAUUUUCUUUUCAUUUUUAAGUCCAUCAUCACAGAAGAUGUAACAUCUUUUCUAGAAGAUUGCCUUAAGAGAGCUCCAGCCCUACUCUUGAAACUUGGAUAUGUUCUAACAUAGUAACCUGUUCUGAAAUACUGAAUCUUUCUAUUGUAAGUGGCCCCAGCACUUUUGCUUAACUACUGAUGAAAGCUUUGUCUCCUACCUUGUUUUACCUACCUGUUAAUGUAGUGAAUGUUCCAGAAUGGUGUGGCGGUAGGAUAUGUAGGAACAGUAUAGAGCAGGGGAAAAUACUUGUUUAAAAAACUAGCUUUUAAAAUUUUGUUUCCACUAGGGAGCCUUUUUUUUCCCCUUGGGAAAAAAAAACUAUUUUCUCAUGUAUGAGUGAAGUGGUAAUCAAAUUCUUUAGCUAUUUAUUACUUCUCUGUGUCUAUACUUGAGAGCUUUGAGUGAGGUGCUUUUAAAAAUGAUUGGGAAUGAUUUGACGUGAGUGGGUGCAUUUAGGGCAUUUAAACAAAUAGAAGUGAUGCCGUAAGCCCGGGUUGCCCGUGAAGUACCCUUGUUUGACUUGCUUUUUGUAGCUUGUGUGUAUAGUUUUGAAGUGCACUUGGCUCAAACUUAAUUUGAUUUGCUCUUCAUGUUUCGGGCAGGACUUACUAGAUCAAAAUAGGAGAUGCGUUAUCUCACUGCUCAUAUACUUGCAUGUUUGGGACUUGAAGUUUCCUUGAUAUGUCUGUUGUUUUGGCCUGGUCAGCCUUCCUUUCUCCCUUCACUCCUUCAGCUAUUACUGUUUUCACUACUAAGUUAAUUUCUCAUUUUGGUUCAGUGAAGGGUUAAUGACUACAGAUGGAAAGCUCAGCCAAACCAUAUUGAUGGGGUUUGUUUUUUGUUUUUUUGAGCUGACUGUGUUUAUCUUAAAAUUACCAGUAGAUUAUAUUCUUUGUGCAGUUUGCUCAGAA